AUGAAUAGAGGAGAUACUUCAGAUUUCAUCCCAAUUGAUCUCAUUAUCCCGAUAUUCUCGAGAUUGCCUACAAAGUCAAUCGUUAGGUUUUAUUGCGUCUCGAAGCUAUGGUGUUCCGUGUUUCACCGUCCAUAUUUCACAGAGCUGUUCUUGACCAAAUCCUCAGCUCGUCCACGUCUCUUAUUAGCCGUCAGAAAAGAGGAUCAGUGGAGCUUCUACUCCACGCCUCAGCCUCACAAUCCAUAUGAGAAGUCGUCGUCUUCAUCGUCUCUUGUACUAGCAGCCGAUUUUCAUAUGAAGUUCCCACAAGGCAGUACGCAUAUUUCGUGUACCUAUGACUCUGGUUUGAUCUAUUUCUCUGAAACGUUGAUCUCAAAGGACGAUGACAAUCUAGUACCUGUGAUAGCUAACCCUAACACGGGACAUUAUGCGAUCUUAUCUAAACUGAGAAGUUACAGAUCCUUGUAUACUUCUUUAGGAAGUUUGUAUAGCUUUUUAGGGUUUGAUUCGAUUGACAAGCAAUUCAAGGUCUUGGUCAUUGCUGGUCCAACUUGUGAGGUUCUCACAUUAGGAACUGGAAGCAUAAUGACGUGUCCCAUAGAUCAUGAGCCAUACUCCCAAGGGAUAUGCAUCAAUGGGGUUUUGUACUACUUUUUUAAUUGCUUCGAUGUUCGGUCUGAAAAAUUCAACUUUAUUGAGUAUAGAAAAUAUGGUUGGACGUCUCUUCUUGGCUUUUGUGAUUGGUUUACUAAAUUGGUAAACUAUAAGGGUAAAUUAGGUGGGAUUAGUUGUAAAAGGAAUGAUGCUGAUUCCUUUGACUUGCAUAUGUUGGUUUUCGAGGAUAUUGAGAAACAGGAAUUUUCAGAAUAUGUCUACACUUUGCCGGAGAAAGAAGUCGUUGAUAUCUUCAGUCUUUCCGUUGUUGGAGUACCAGGUGAAAUUGUUUUGAAGGUGGAAAAUUAUUACAUAUAUGAAUCUGAUCUGUUUCGUGUUCUCUACUUCAAUCCAGAAAGUAACACAGUCCAAAGUGUUGUAAUUCAAGGUUUGGACAAGGAUAGUAGUGUUUAUGCCUUUGUAGACCAUGUAGAGGAUCUUAAUGUUAACGAUGCGAAGCUAUUCAAGUCAAGCAUCUCUUCUCCAUCUGUGAAUAACAAACACAGCAAAGAUAUCAUUACGAAAAGGCCAAAACCACAACAUCGGGAAGAGGUACGAGAAAGGGACAGUGAAAAAAGGUAUGAUGAUGGUGUGAGUAGGGAGAAGAGACACAGGGAGAGAAAUGAAAGAGACGGCAGAGAAGAUGAAGACAGAAGAAGACACCACGAAGAAAUGAGAAAUAGAGAGAGGUAUGUGGAGAGUCGAAGAGAUAGAAACGAUCAUUGGAGUGACAAGAGGAGAGAUAGAGACACUAUGGAAGAUGAAGACAAAAGAAGAAGCAGAAGCCACGAAGAGGUGAGAGAUAGAGAGAGGCGUGUGGAUAGUCGAAGAGAGAUAGAGACAGUUGGGAAGAGGAAGACAUAA